AUGAAUAUACCUUUAAAAUCACAACCAAAAGUUUCAACGGUUAAUUUAAUUGAUAAUUCCAAUUUCAAGACUGCCAAUACCAUUCAUGACAAUAAUGACAAUAACGAUGAUAGUUUAGAUGACAUUGACAAAGACAAACCAUAUCAAAACUUAAACUCAAAAAAUCAAAAAUUAAGAAAUAAAUCAAUUGCAACUACAAAUCCAUUUGAUAAACCUGAACAUUCAAAUUAUGAUGAUUAUAGAAGAAGUAGAAGAUUUUCAGAAACAGAAAAGAAUAAUUUUGAUCAAAUAACUGGACAUAGAAUACAUGAAGAUGGUAAGAUACGACCUCAAACCGUAAGACAUGAAACUCAGAAUGAUUAUUUCUCCUUCAAUAAUUAUAAUCAUCAAGAUCAAAGUGGAACAAGUCCAAACAAAUUGUACUCAAGAUCCCAUGAUAGUAAUGUAGACGUUGGUAUCAAUUUUACUCAAGGUCUAGAAGAUGAAUAUAUUCCUGGCCUUGAUUUUAGUGAUAUGGUAUAUAAAUGGAAUAAUUCAAGUAAUUCGGAAUUGGAUAUGACUAGAACAAACACAAGAACCAAUCCCAAUAGUGCAUAUACAAGUAACUCGAACACUCCAAGAAGUAAUAAUGCAUCUUAUCUAGACUUAAACUUAUUACAUGCUCAAGUAGCUCCACAACCUAUAAGAUCUAACACACAACAUCCUUCAAAAUUAUCAUACUCAAAAUUACAUGAUUAUAUGAAACUACGGAAUCCUAAUGAACAAAAUAAUGAAACAUCUUCUAAAUUAUUAAAUAAUAUAACAGAUCCAGAUGAAACUCCUUCACCACAUGAUACAACCAAAAGAGAUCAUUUUGAUCCAGACAAUGAAAGAAAAUCAAAGAAACCAAAAUCAGCGGUAGACCCCAAAACAGGAAAUAUAAAUUAUGAAUUAAUUUUGAAUAGUUUACCUCCAAAUUUUAAUGAUUUACCAUAUUCACAAAGAAAAAAAUUAGUAUGUAAUUUUUCAGAAAGUAUUGAUUAUUCACAAUUCUCAUUGUUUGCAAAGAAUUAUUUCGGUAGUGUUGGUGGUAGUUCUUUAGGCAAGACUCCUAAAACAAGUGCUGGUAGUACUAUGGGUGGUUUUAGUUCCAAUGAAAAUAGUUUAUCCAGAAAACAAAGAGUAGGAAGUGCAAAUACAUUAGCUGGUAGAUUAUUAGCUAGAACAUCAACCACUGAUGUAAGAAAAUUUGGUGAACCUAAACAAAAAGUUAAUGUUGACGAAAGAGGAGCAUUAGUUUUAGAUCAUGAAAUUGGUAAAAUCAUUGGAUUUGGUGCAUGGGGCACAAUAAGAGAAUGCAUAGAUAAAAAAGGUAAUGUUAGAGCUAUGAAAAUUGUAAAAUCUUCAAGAGAUUUUAGCAGACCAUCAAGUAGAUCGAAUUCUAAAACCGAUUUAAUUGAUAUGACUCAUUGUCCAAAAGUUUUAGAUGUGUUUAGAAAAGAAAUUUCAAUUUGGAAACAAUUAGAUCAUCCAAAUAUUUUGCCAUUGAUUGAUAGCUAUGAAACAGAUGAUGCUAUAUUUUGUAUUAUGAAUAGAAUCAAUGGAGGAACAUUGUUUGAAUUGGUAUCUGAAUGGGGUCAAUUUAAUACUGGUAUUAAUAAUAAUUCAGGUCCAUUGAAAUUCCUGAUUGAUAAUCAACGAGAAAGAUUAAGAAAAGUCACAGAAUGUACAAAACAGAUAGUUGAUGCUUUGCUUUAUAUGCAUGAAGAAAAAGGAAUAGUCCACGGAGAUUUGAAGUUGGAAAACGUUUUAGUUGAAAAUGAGAAUAAUAAUCAUUAUAAAAUGAUUUUAUGUGAUUUUGGAAUGUCUCGAAUCUAUAGCAUGAGAUUAAGUAGAAAAUCUUCCAUUCGAAAUGUACCAAAAACAGGAGAUGGCAAUCAUUUACGUCCAACAACAAUGGAUGAUGAUUCAAAUAUUAGAAGUAAAUCAUCAAAUACAGAAUCAAGAAAACCUUACACAGGAGGUGAUACGCCAAAAACCAGAUUUUUAGAUUUCAAUGUCAAUGAUGAUUCAAGAGUUGGAUUAUCCAAUUUUUUUAAAAUGCAUGGUCCAUCAAUGCAAUCAGUUCAUUUAACACCAAUUGCCUCUGAAACUCAAUCACCAACUGCAUCUUCACCAGCUGAUUUUUUUGAAUUUAGUAAAAAAUUUUUAAAUAAAGAACCAGAACAAAAUGGUAUUGAUUCUGAAUUACCUCAUUCACAUAUUGGUUCAUUGCCAUAUGCAUCACCGGAAUUGUUACAACCUGCACCUCCACCUUUGGGCCCACUGGCAGACGUUUGGGCUUUAGGAGUUUUAAUUUAUGCAAUGUGUUGUGGGAAAUUACCAUUCCAACAUCAAUAUGAACCAAGAUUAAGGGCUAUGAUCACAGCAGGACAAUACAAUAAAUGUGAUUUGAAAAAAGCUUGUUUGUUAGAAUGGAUAUUAAAGGAUUGUUCCAGAAAGAGUAAAGAGGAAGAUGGAAAUGAUGAAGAAAGUGUAUCUAAUGCAUUAUCAUCAGUGGUUGACUUACAAAGGAAAGAAGAAAUUAGUAAAUUACAUAAACAAUGGAUGAAUGAAAAAUCAACUUUAAUUCAAGAAUUUCAAUUUCUAUUUGAUAUUGUCGAAGGAUGUUUAGAGCCUAAUAUAACUAAAAGAUUUGAUAUGCAGUUGGUAUACGAUCAUUUAAAUCCCUAA